AUGGUAUUAGUGAAAGAUUAUAGAAAUCGAAGUAAGAUUGCCUGGACCAAGGCCAAACUAAUAAAGAAGACUGGAAAAGCAAAAUUCUUGUGUGAACUGGAAGAAGGAAACAUUUGGACACGCCAUAAGAACCAAAUAAAAAUAUGCCAGUGGGAAGCAGAAUCGAAAAAUGUUCUUUUUGACCCAAACUUAACCAUAUUUCAUGAUUAUGAUACUGAUAACUUUGAAAUUGAUAAAAACAUAAUAACUAAUAAUUCUUCUUUAGAUUCGAUUCUCAGCAUAUAG